AUGUCGUUACAAUACGGAGGACACAAUUCCAACAGGUGGGGAGGGGGAGCACAGAAUAACCAUGGAUCAUCUUCCCAAAAGCGGAACCGUAGCCAGAGCACUGGCGGGAGUUCUGGCGGUGGUGGUCACCCGAUGAACAAUAACUACAAGGGCAUCAACUUCGACCCGGACUUCCACCUCAAGCGGAAGCGCGGUAACACCCACCAUACCGAACAGCACCACCACCAACCACACAACCCGUUCUCUCAAAAUCAACCUGUUACAGCCAUGCAACAGUCUCAUUUAUGGAACCAGCAGGCCAAUAUCCCUGCGGCCUUCUCGACUGAGGCGGCGCGAGAGGCAUUCUACUCGAGGCUCAUGAACAGAUUAACCAAGGACGAUGAAGGAGACACGACGCAGUGUUCAUGUAUAGGAACCGAAGGCCAGCUGUGUCACCACCGCAUCGCCGAGGAGCAUAGGCAGCUCGUGAGGGAGCACGAGCAAUUGCAAGGGGACGUGGUCAGGCUUCUUUCGUACAUGAUGGCCCAGAACCCGAAAGCACACGAGAGGGUUCCUCAGUGGAUAGACGGGUUUUUGGCAGAGACCAGCUCACCCCUUGCGUCUAUAUUGAGACCACCGCCACCGACUUUCAACGGGUCAAGGCCCUACGCGGGGAUGGAUGAGUCGAUUUGA